CUGCAAGACGCGGCCCAAGAAGCGGUAGCUGCGGGUAAUUUCCCAAUACAAACUCCUCUCCGAGUCUCCCUGGAGCUUUUCUACGAGCCGCAUGGCACUGCGGUUCUGGAGGAUUUUAAAAUGAAAAACGGAUUUUUUGCUUCAUUUCCGCCCGGUGAUUUCGACCAAUUUCAUCCGUUUAUCACAAACAACAACGUGAAACUGCAGGAGAAGUUUUUCAAAGCGGCGCAAACCAUCGGAGGCGUUUUCGAGUACCUGUUUUCUUUGUCCUCAUCGACGUCAACGUCGACAAGCAGCACCAGUUCCUCAACCACUACUACGCCUGACACGACCUCGGCAGCGGCAGAUGUAGUUGCAACGACAACCACCAUCACCGCGACCACGACAACUGCGACCAGGUCUAGUACCACCAUCGCCAGUGGUACAACAGCAGGCUCUUCUCCUGCCUCAGAGAUCGUUGGGAAAAGUGUGGAACUCCAAGACGAACAACAUCCGUUGUUCGCUAGUGGUCGCAACAGUGUGGCCGCAAAUGCUGUUGUGCCUGAAGAUGCUCCUGUGCUCACCUCUCCCAACGGCUUAAGCGCAGAAAUGAACUGGUAUACCGCGCAGUUGCGGUUCGACCCGAAUGCCCGG